GCGUGACAUUCGAGCAGUCGUGAAUCAGCCGCUAAGCAGUUCGUGUCAUUCAGAGGAGGCGUCUUUGCUAUCUCUCUAAUCGCAAAGAAAGUAGUGAGAAUGGCGAGCUCCAAUAAUAUAGUCAUUCGAGUUGCUCGUCCUGAAGAAGUGGAACUUGUCAGGCAAGUUCUGCGAACCAUCUACUAUCCAGAGGAAGCCAUAACAGUGUCCUAUAAAUAUGGCAAAGAUCCGACGCCGGACGACGAGAAGUUUUCGCUAUCUUUCGUGGAACCCGGCUACACGGUGCUGGCAGAAGACACGGUUGCCAAAAAGUUUGUCGGAGUAUCGGUUGGAGGUCCCAUUUAUCCAGGAGAUCCGGAUCUGAUGCUGAAGGAAGCUGCCACCACGGAAACCCGGAAGUGGUCCGACAUUCUGAAGUUGCUGGCUCAGUUGGAGCGGACGGCGGAUGUUUGCGGAAAGUAUCAACUAGAUCGAGCGUAUCAUGUGCAUAUUCUAGCUGUGGAUUCGAGCUAUCGAGGUCGCGGCCUGGGAAAGAAAAUUCUGGAUUUUCAGAUCAACUUAGCUAAGGAGCACGGGUUUGGGGCCAUUAGCGGAGACUUUACCAGUGUUUUCUCGGCUAGGAUAGCCGAGCAGCUGGGAAUGGAAAGUAUAAGUCAGCUCUCCUUGGCCGAUUACCGAGAUGAUAAGGGAGAGCAUCUAUUCGAUCCGAUAGAAGUGAAUCGUCUGAUCAAAACCUGUGUCAAAUUAUUGUGAAUUCAUGGUAUCGGGUCGUACACAUUCACGGAUUAGGAAAUAUUCAAAGAAGGUUGGAAGUAUUUUUUUUUUCAUAUUCCAUAUUAUAGUGUUCAGGAUUUAGAAUCAGAUUUAAGUUUUGUAUUGUCAGAAUAUUGUUCUUACUGUCGUUAAAAUGAAU